AGAAGAUCACAGUUUGAUGUCUUGGUCUUGCCUCGAGGAGCGACGAGAAAUCAAAUUUGCCUCGGUCCACAACCAAGCGGAACUUUUCUAACGCUAACUGUCAACAGAAAAAACUUCGUCUUCCAUUUUCUUUCUUCAGUAAGCAGUUGGUUCUAAGAAUAGGAUUCUCUAGAAGUUUUUUGCUGCCUCCUCCGCUACUUGCGUACGAGCGGCAACGUUCUUGUAAAGUGAACCGCAAGGGCACUUCUUCCCUAAAGAUGCUUUCUAGGCCAAGGAAAUUUCUGAUCUUCGCUGCGUUUUGGACGUGGCUGACUCGAGCAGAGGACGUUAUGUUCCAGGAAAGCCUGGUCAUGUUGAGCACCACGACCAGAUUUUUUAGUGAGCCUUGGUAAGGUACUUACAACUAGUACUGUUACUAGGAUGCCAUCCUAGUAGCAGUGCUAGCUGUAAGUACCUUGCCAAGGUGGCGCUCGAAGAAAACUUUGUGGAGCUUUGCAAUUAUACCCGCUCCGCCACCUCGACAGCCAGUCAUUAUUAUCCUGAUAUGCAUUCAGCAUUUUCAUUUCCACGCACGAUCGAGAUCAUUGAUGAGCGCUCAGGUCGGGCCAUCUUCAUUCGCGUUCGCAACAGAUCUUGACUUAAAUUUGCAUGAGGGUUGACCACACGAAAAUCUGUUCCCCUUUGCUCAACUUGACGAAACACGUGCAUACCUUGGGAUGACGCGAAGGAGGUCGACGACGAACUAGAUGACGACGAUGAUAAAGAGUUUGCAAAAGAGGUACUACAAACAGGAAUGAGAAAUAAAGCUUUUUGGGAUUUCCAGCAAGAUAGAACCAGGGUCCUUUUAAGCCUGCUUCCAUCUCUAUCAGAAUUGACAAAGGACCUCUUGUUGGUUCCCCGCUGGAGAUACUUAAUCUUAGGUACUUCUUAGGCCAUCAAAUAAAUACUAUACACAGCAUGAAUGAUGAAUACUUAUACCAACUUCAUUAUUCCAGGUCGAAGCGGACAGUCCGAAAGAAGAGGUAGUCGCGCUCACCGAGGCCACUUUUCAGGACUUCGUCAAGAAGAACGAGCGAGUGGUGGUCGAGUUUUACGCUCCCUGGUGCGGCCACUGCAAGCAGCUUGCGCCGGAAUACGAAAAAGCAGCGAAGGGGCUGAAGGCGAAGAAGGCAAAAACAAAGCUCGCAAAAGUAGACGCAACCGUUGAGAGCAAACUCGCCGAGAGCCACAGUGUAUCGGGCUACCCGACCCUCGUCUACUAUGUCAAUGGGGUAUAGCUGCACUGGUGUUUCAUCAUGAGUAGAAUGUUUCAAAAGCAGCGCUGGUUUCAAUGCGUCGUGAUACAUAGCGAAGAUUAUGGGCUUCGGUUCUUCUCUGUACGUGCGACAGGACGUGGUCAUGGGUGAAUAAGGUGCAUUUAUUUCUACUCUCUUCGAUACACAUUACAACAGGAACACUCCGAAUAUACUGGUCCACGAGAUGAUAGCGGCAUCCAGAUUAUGAAACGCGAGGCAGCUUUGCAGAAUUUGUUUUUGUUCGAAAUGUCGUUUAUAUCGCACAACGAAGAGACAUGAACUUCUACUUCUCUCGAACUGCAGCUGUAGCAGCCAGGGUGUGCGUAGAAGGAGAAACCUUGCCUUUCCGUGAAAUAAAACUUGUGUGUUUUUAAGAGCUCUGGACCAGCAGAGCUCCCAAAAACAGACAAGGUUCACAACUAAGAAUGCGAAAACUGCUGAAAACUCUGCCUUGCGACUGCAUAUUCCAGUGGGUAAUGGCACGGGAAAGGGACCUAGUCAUGGAGUGCGAUGAUGAAAAGAUAAAUAUCAAGGGGAAAUCAUGCUGCAAGUACGGCUUCCAGUGUUGCUUUGCAUGAUUCUAUCUCCUGGGCUUUACCAACGGCCUUCCUACGGCAACAAAAGAAAAAUACCGCUGUAGUCCACCUGAAAGACGCAUUUGUAUGUCCACAGAUGAUGCGCCAACCGCUUACUUACGCGAAGACACGGACGCGGAUUGAACAUCAUGCGUUUCUUCAUCUGAAGCAACGGCGGAAGCACAAGUAUUUGUAUUUCCCGCUUGAUAAUUCCAACAGAAAUUGCCAACAAGGAAGGAGGUGCUUACUUUUAGUGGCUUCGACUUCUCUUCAUAAUUUCCUUUGGCUACCCUACAAGCUAUGAUGCAACACAAAUGAUCACCACGUCCAUGAACAAAAGAUUCUACUAUGAGUGGCUGCCUCUGCUUUCAAUUUGUGAAAUGAAGAAUAAAUAUAAUCGCACGAGAACAACAAUCAUAGGAAAUAAAUACAAAAAACAGUGAAGUUCAUCCUGGUCGCCUCGAACCUCGCGAGCAAGAUUACCUAAUGUGAAGACGCGCUGGACACCAGGAUAUGCAAUCAACCUCCAUGCGCAUGCUCGACCAUCCUGGAUUGCAUGCAUUAGCAUGAUGGAAACAGAUGGGAAGAUUUCUAUGAGUACUAUGAGUAUUUUCAUUAUCGCAUGCGCACAACUACACUAAAACGAACUACUGACUCUACUUUCUCGAGUGGUGUUGUUGUUCCUGGCAGCGUUUGUUUUUUCCUACUGGAUGCCGCAAUCUGGGAAGGCCGUGGCCGUGAAGAAGGCGAUGCAGAAGCUGCAGGGCAUGGACAAGCAGGACAACUUUCUUGCGUGCUACCACUCCCUGCUGCCAUCCUCCGAUCCCGAGGAGUCCGCAAAGAAGGAGGACGAGAAAAUGGCCACCCUGAAGGUGAUCCGCAAGAACGCCGGGCGACCGGACGACAAGGAACUGAAGUUCGACGGAGGCAAGAAGAACAAGUGGGCCGCGGGCAAGAUCUCGGACUGGCUUUUGAAGCAGGCCGUGUGGCCGCUGAUCGGGCAGGACACCCGGGACGGGUGGUAUGCAUUGCAAAAGUAUCGUACUCGUAUAAAUGCAUGACAAAUUCCAUCAGCAUGAGAAAGAAAAUUUGCAAUGCGGAUUUGACUUGAGAAAGAAAUUUGUAAUGCACGAUUGCAAUACGAGUGCGAUGCUUUUGCACAGGAUAGGUGGUACAGCGACGCGAAGCUGUUUGAAACGGCGGGCGUGAAGGAGGUCCUCAGUCUGCAGAUCGAAGACUCCGGCGUGGACGAUAUAAAGUGCAAAUAUGUCUGGGUCUGGAAGAUUCCGAGACCUGUCAUGCAUGUUUUGCAUGAGCCAUAAUGUCUGUGAUGCAUACCCUAGCAUCACAGAUUUCUGUAGGGCUUCUUGAUGCCUAUCCCGCAUGACAAAUGCCCUCUCCGCGUAGCAAAAAUUAUAUUCUCUUUGCUGCUCAGGCAAUACAGAGUUUUUCGGAAUCCAAAUGCAGCAUCACAAGUUACAUCCUUCCAGACCCAGACAUUUUUGCAAUCCAUAGACGACCCUCUGAUGCAAAAGCUGGUCAAGCUCGCGAGCGACAAAAAGUACUCGAAAACGAUGAAGGUUGCCGUAAAUUCGCUGAUGACGGACCCCAAGCCCGAAGCGAAAUUUGUGCUGAUGAACUACAAGAACGGGGCGAAGCCCUUGAAGUACCUACACGACGCGGACGACGUCGACAAAUUUGUCAAGGACUACUUCGAUGGCAAGCUCAAGCCCAGCUACAAGUCCGCCGACGUUCCAAAGGUAUCUAUACAAUUGAUAAAAAACUACAAGCACCAUCUCCACCAGGUUCUGCAGCAGAGCUGUGCUUCUGAUUGAUCCGCCCAUGCUAACAAGAUCCGCCUCACGUAGUACACGUUGUCAGAAAGCGGUUCGAAAAGAAGAAGUCACAAAUUAAUUUGAGAAGAUCAAACGAACGCUUUCAGUUUUGCUUUUGCAUCACAACCACAAUUUUCUAUCUCAGGAUCCGUACGACAAGGACGUGCGAGUGCUCGUUGGGAAGGACUUUGAGCGAGUAGCGUUGGACCCGAAAAAGGACGUGUUCGUGGAGUUCUACGCCCCCUGGUGUGGCCACUGCAAAAACCUCGCCCCGGAGUGGGAGGCCCUGGCCCGGAAGGUGCGAAAGUUUGACCCGAAGGGGGACAAGGUGAUUGUCGCAAAGAUGGACGCCACCGAGAACGAGAGCAUGGAGGAGGUAACCGGGUUCCCAUAUCGCAAGGGAAAAUCCCCCCUCCCCAUAUUGAAAAGGUAUGUUUCCAAAAAUUUGUGUUGCUGAUUUGUGGUCACAAAUCGCAUUUGUCUUGCAAGAAGACAAGGGCAGAAGUUUCCGUCCCAUUAUGGAAGCGAUUUGUCAUGCUGUUGGGCCUAAAGGGCAGCCGUUUUCAAUGCUGAGCAACUAGACCCAAACGCCUCGCCUAGCUAGACUGGGGAUCUGGCCGCAGUGCCUUCCUGCAAUACAGGGCUGAUUUGUGUACACAAAUGCAAAUCCAGCAUCACAAGUUUCCCAUUCGAUAUGGGGAGGGGGGAUUUUUCCUUGCGAUAUCCGAACGCUGGUCCUCUACCCGGCAGUGAAGAACUCGUUCAAGAAAAAAAUCGCGUUUUCCGGGGCGGCGCGCAAGGAGGCGGACUUGUUGGAGUUCCUGCAGGAAGGUGCGGUCAACAUCGGCGACGAAGUGGAUUUGAGCUCGGGAAAGUCGGUGGACAAGUCCAAGUUCAACAUGGUAGAAAGAGCUAUCCUCCGUAACUGUGACACCGAUCACCAUGACCCGAAGGGCUGUUGUGCGUCGGAUGAUGAAAAUGCGAAAUAUGUAUCUAUCACUUGCUUCUAAGAUUGAUAAUUUUUUUUGAUUUUGUCACGUUUGUUGAGCUCGUGCGCACGGCGAAUCGAUGGCCAUGGUGAUCGUUGACACAGUAUACCAGAGCGGGCAAGGAAGAAGAAGGGGGGAAAGAAGGAAGAGUUGUGAUUUAGAUAGAAAUCUGGCCGUGGCCGCUCAGAAGCAGAGAGAAACCAUUGCAUCGAAUUAUAAACUCCGACUUUAUAAUGCGAAUUUGCUAUGCAAGGCUUAGGUAAAGGGCGCCGGAAGCCAGUGGAUAUUUUUUUUUUUGAAUUGUGCCCGGAGGCGAUCACUGUACUGCUACUGAUGAAACAGAAAUAAAGAUGUAGACAGAAGGUGUGGGCGAGUUGUCCUCAACCCAAACACUGUAGAUCAGGAAGCACUAGAUUUAGUCAACGGAAAACAAGACGAAACGAGUCAAAACACUUUUCUCAGAGUACCCAUUUGAGCAGAGGCAGCCAGGACUUCACACAGAAAGUAGAUGGACUAGACUGGAGAUUCCUCAGCGGAGGAGACGAGGGUUCUCAAGGAAUUAAGACAAGUGUGAUUGUGGUUGUGCAAUUUCGAAGAAAGUUGUCGUUUUUUUACAACACUGCGAAACGGGUCAAAUAACGGACCACCGGUCGGGACGGAUAGUCAGAAAAUAUUUGUAGGAGAAUAGCGCGGCGGGGACUGCAAUGCACGACUCUUUUGACAUAGCACUCCGACCCCGUGAUUCAAAAACCGUUUAUAUUCUUGUUCCGAUGAAAAAUAAGCUGGUAACUAAAGCGUGCGCAAGCGCAAGACUAAGAGUGUUACUAAAAGAUGAUCGAUGCUACAACUUCUUGUAGUACACCUCGUGGGAGGUUUAUUUAAAGACCUCAGCCGAGGAUCUCUGGCCGCAUUAUAUGUUCUUGUCGUGUUUCGGCUGAAUGAUUUGAAC